UGUUGUUUCGUACGAUACUCAAAGUCCAAGCCAAAUUCCCCUUCUAGUUCGUCAUCUUAAUAGAUAAGUCGAAAUUAACAAUAGUAAGCCUUUAAAGCAAUAGCCAAAAGGAAAAACAGUAUGUGGCUAAAUGUGUAGUUAGUGAAAGGGUUAGCGAGUGUAGUAGUGGUGUUUUGCAGGGAAACUAUUUGUUGUGGAGAUGCGAGCUUGUCGUGGAUAUUUCUGUGUGGAGCAGCUGUCAGAUGUGAAGAUACACGAAUCUGGGAGUUAAAGGAUAUAUUAGGGGUUGUGCAAAUUAGUUUGUUGGGUUGAACUUGGUGACAGGUUGUGAAAGGUUGCAGAUCAGAGGCUGCUUUGUAGGAACAUGUUCAAGGGUAUCUGGUAGGGAAAGUCUAUUUAGGUAUUUACAAGAAGGCUCUGAAUGGAGAAGUUUGCUGUUAAUUUAUCUCGAAAUUCGUCAAAGAGCAGUGGCGUUUAGCGUUUAAUUGAGGUGGGCUCUUGGAAAUUCGCGUUUGGUGGGUUUUAAAUUGGAUUUCGAAGAUGGGUAUUCAAGAUGGUGGCUAGGAGAAGCUGUGAACGCAAAAUUGAGGAAAAUUGGGGGUGUGAAAAGAUUUUACUUUACAGGGCCUAGAAUUGGAGACUUUACGAUAUAUCUUGAUUAUUAUCGAAUUCCGGCAAAAUAGAGAGAAAUAUUAAGUGUUUUGGAGUUUUGGGGUUGCAGGGCAGCUCAAUUGGGGAUUAGCACGUGGUAUGGGAGAUGGGUUUUGGGUCACAGGUUUGGAACUAAGCGGGUUUUGGACAGAGAGAGGAAAUAUAUAAUGGAGUGGGACAGUGAGUCUGAUAUCAGCAUAGGGGAGGAGGAAGAUUCCAUGCAAGUAUGCGAGGAUGAUGGGUUUUUGCUGAGUGAUGGAGGGCCGGUUCCUAUGGGGAUAGACAACCUGCUGCAUUCUACCCCAUGUGGUUUUGUUGUAACGGAUGCCCUUGAGCCGGAUCAACCCAUUAUUUAUGUCAAUACGGUCUUUGAGUAUGUCACUGGUUACAAGGCCGAAGAGAUUCUUGGAAGGAAUUGCCGAUUUCUUCAAUACAGAGGUCCAUUUGCACAGAGAAGACAUCCUUUGGUUGACAUUGUGGUAGUUUCAGAAAUCAGGAGGUGUAUGGAUGAAGGCAUUGAAUUUCAGGGCGAACUGUUAAAUUUUAGAAAGGAUGGGACACCCUUGCUGAAUAGGUUACGUCUAAGUCCAAUUCAUGGGGAUGAUGGGAUAGUUACACACAUCAUUGGCAUUCAGUUGUUCACAGAAGCAAAGAUUGAGUUGGGUCCUCUGCCAUCUCCUUCGAUCAAAGAGGCUUCCGCCCGAUAUGUUGAUCGGUCAUUUUUGGAUCCUUUCUUGUACAGGCCAGCUCCAAUUGGUCAAGGACAUUUCUGUCGGGAAAUCUGUGGGAUUCUCCAGCUUAGUGAUGAAGUCUUAGCACAAAAGAUUUUAUCACGGUUAACUCCAAGGGAUGUAGCAUCAAUUGGAUCUGUUUGCAAGCGACUAUAUCAGUUGACAAAAAAUGAGGAUUUGUGGCGAAUGGUUUGCCAAAAUGCAUGGGGCAGGGAAACAACACGUGUGUUGGAAACAGUUGCUGGUGCAAAGAGGUUAGGAUGGGGUCGCCUUGCCAGGGAACUUACCACUCUUGAAGCUGCUGCAUGGAGGAAACUAACAGUUGGAGGUGCAGUUGAGCCUUCUCGAUGCAACUUCAGUGCUUGUGCUGCUGGAAACAGGCUUGUUCUAUUUGGCGGGGAAGGGAUUAACAUGACAGGAUUGAAUGACACAUUUGUUUUGGAUUUGAAUGCUGCUAAACCAGAAUGGCGACAUGUAAAAGUGAGUUCUCCACCUCCAGGUCGAUGGGGGCACACCUUAUCAUGCUUGAGUGGAUCUUCAUUAGUGGUUUUUGGAGGAUGCAACAGACAGGGCUUACUUAAUGAUGUCUUCACAAUGGAUUUGGAUGCCCAACAUCCUACUUGGCGUGAAGUUGCAGGUUCAGCACCUCCUCUUCCUCGAACAUGGCAUAGUUCUUGUACUCUGGAUGGCACAAAAUUGAUAGUUUCAGGGGGGUGUGCGGACUCUGGAGUGAUGCUCAGUGAUACCUUUCUACUGGAUCUCACCAUGGAGAAGCCUAUUUGGAGAGAGAUACCUGUUUCAUGGAGUCCUCCUUCUAGGUUGGGCCACACUCUCACUGCCUAUGAAGGCCGAAAGAUUCUCAUGUUUGGUGGUCUUGCCAAAAGUGGACCAUUAAAGCUGAGGUCCAGUGAUGUUUAUACAAUUGAUAUCAGUGAAGAAGAGCCGAAAUGGAGAUACUUAACUGGAAGUGAGAUGCCAGGUGCAGGCAAUCCAGGGGGAAUUGCUCCUCCGCCUAGGCUUGAUCAUGUGGCUGUUAGUCUCCCUGGUGGUAGAGUUCUUAUUUUUGGUGGAUCUGUUGCUGGUUUGCAUUCAGCCUCACAACUUUAUCUUUUGGACCCAACAGAGGAGAAACCAAUGUGGAAAAUGUUGAAUGUCCCUGGACAACCACCAAGAUUUGCUUGGGGUCAUAGUACCUGCGUAGUUGGAGGAACUAGAGCAUUAGUUCUGGGAGGCCAAACAGGAGAAGAAUGGAUACUUAAUGAUAUUCACGAAUUGUCUUGGGCAAGCAAACUUGAAUCAGAGUAGGAGGACGAUGUGUUUUGCCAGAUCAUCUCUACAAAAUGGGAAGGAAUUGAUUGGGAUAUUUAUGGCUUACUAUGGAUCAGGCUUUCUAAAUCUCACCUCGAGGGCACAAGUAAAAUUCUUGUGAUUGAUAUUUCGUACGAUGUGCACUCAGGGAAGUGUGUUGUAUGCUCUGCUUGUUGAUCUCUUCUUUUUGUGAAUGUAUUUUAGAAUUCAUUAUUAACAUUAAGCUAAAAAAUAGUAGUCAUUUCUGCCUACUUUGCAGGCAUGUGAGGAUUAUUCAAGAUCAUCACCUGCGCUGUCUUUAUGGAUGUUUGUCGUCUUAUCUUUUAUUCCUGAAAGUUUGUGGGGAAUAUGUAAGCUUGUAUAUAUGCCCUCUGGAUUAUAUCAAUUAGCUAUCAUUUCUCUGCC